AUGCUGCAAGUCGACCCGCGCCUGGCCGAGCUCCCAGGCUGCUCGACCGAGCAACUAGAAAGCCUCGCCCGCAGCAUUGAGUCCAAGAAGCAGCGCCUCGAGGCCGACAUCAAUGCCUACAUGAAACAGAAGCAGCACGAGCUGGACAUGUACCAGCACGAGCUCAUUGCACAGUACCGUGAAAUGGAAUGCGGCGAGACAAACGAGGCCGCGAACAGGAACCAGCGACCUGCAGACUCACACGACUCGAAUGCGCCUUCAGAUCACGCUUUGCCCUCACCCGCUCAAUCCCCUGAAAUGCCUGCCGAGUCGUCGAAGCGGGAGGAGAAGGCGAAGCGGACAAAGGUGCACAAGCGGGAGAAGGAGCUGUUUGGGCUUGUGACGCCCAUCUUCUUGCCUCUGCUCGACGCCAGCGAGACUUCCAAGGAGAAAGAGAAGAAGAAACGGCAUAAGAAGAAAGACCCGGCUGACGGGAGCUCUCCACCGAAACAGGCAAAAUCGGAAUCGUCAACGGGAGAUGUCGAAGAGAUACAGCGCGAGUCAGGAUCAUCGAGUCACUAUAGCGACAAAAUGGAGACGGAGGGUGGCAGUAAUAGGAAGGAACCACAGAAGGAAAACCAGCCACCAGAAUCCGCCAAGAAGUCGAAACGCCCAACAAUCAAGAAGUCCUCGCUGCGACACAGCGGAGAGAAGCGCCGAAGGAAGCGCGUGAGCCUAGUCAUAGAUGGCCAAACUGUCCUGCCAGCAGACCAAGUCGCGGAACCCCAGCUCAUGUCGCCCAGCGAGACCACUGCCUCCAGCGCCUCUAAUUCGACCGUCUCUCUCGAAGACACGAUAGACCCGCGGCUGAUGGGUGGCGACGACGCUCCCAUACAUAUCUCGCACCAAGACCCCGUACACCACAGCCUCGAUCUCCCCUCCCGUCUCCCCAGCGCUUCGCCUACCAAGCACACAGGCCAUACCCUCCCCGACUCGCCGCGGCACUCCCCCAUCUGCCAAUCGCCUCCCUCACACACCCAUCUCGAAUACGAGCCUCCGCAAUCCACCACACGAACCUAUCUCGAUCCCUCGCCCCCCAGCGACCCGACUACGAUCCCACGCCACGCCUCCGCAGCGCCCAUCUACGCGGAUGCCCCCGAGCUCGCCAACGAACCCGAGGAGGAGUUCAGCACGUACGUCGGCGGGAUUUCAGGCUCGGGCGUCGACGAUGUUGAUCAGACAGGCAGCCUAGGGUAUCCCAGCAGUCUGGGGGCGAGCUACAUGGAGAGUUAUAUGCAGAGUCGGCCGCUGAGCGUAAGGAUGGCGGCGGCGGAGAAGGCGGGGCUGAGUGAGGGAGAGAGGAGGAGGUUGGUCAAUGGGAGGGAGAGGGAAGAGCAGGAGAAGAAAGAACGGGAGCAGAGGCAGAGGGAGCAGAGGAGCGAUAGGGAUGAUGAUGAUAUGGAUAUUAUUGGGAGUAUGGAGGACUUUUGA